AUGCCUAAUGCCAGCGCAAGGCCAAAACACAGUGGCAGGAGAUCUCACAGACGACACCGAGAGGACCCGGCUCGGAACCAACUGGUGUCCAGCUCCCUGGAAAGCGCCCAGCAGUGCCUCUUCAAUCAGGACUAUGGGCCCGCAUUCGUGCACUAUCUCCUCGUCCUUAACCUGGCACCCGAGUUCAAGGACUUUGCCAAGGAGUCCUUCCGCUUCACACUCUUUAAAUGGGCCGAAGAACUGGACUCGGCCGGCCGCAUUCAGGACCUUUUCGGCUGCUACGAGCAAGCCCUGGAGCUCUUUCCCGCAGACGAGGUCAUUCUGAACAGCGUGGGCGAGCACCUCUUCAGAAUGGGCUUCCGAGAUGAAGCGGCGGGCCAUUUUUUCAAAGCCCUGAAGCUGAAGCCGGACUACGCGGAAGCCAGGGAGAACUUCUACCGUGUGGCCAACUGGCUGGUAGAGCGCUGGCACUUCCUCAUGCUCAACGACCACGGGCGCAAUCGCAAGUAUCAGCAGGCCAUCCAAAAGGCGGUGCGUGACGGAUGCGCCACCGUACUGGACAUAGGUACCGGCACUGGGAUCCUUGGCAUGUGCGCUAAGAAGGCGGGAGCUGCCGAGGUGUACGCCUGCGAGCUUUCCAAGACGAUGUACGAGCUGGCUUGUGAGGUGGUGGCGGCCAACGGGAUGGACGGCGGCAUCAAGAUCCUCCACAAGAAGUCUUUGGAAAUGGAAGUGCCAACGGACAUCCCACACAGGGUGUCGCUAGUGGUGACGGAGACUGUAGACGCCGGCUUGUUCGGAGAAGGUAUCAUCGAGAGCCUCAUCCAUGCUUGGCACCACCUUCUACUGCCUCCGCGGAAGGGGGACUCCAGGGACUCCUCGGCGACCGGUCGCGUCAUCCCUGCCGGCGCCACCGUUUACGCCAUGGCUGUGGAAUGCCUGGAGAUCCGGCGGCAUAACAAACUUUGCGUGUCGGAGGUGGGCGGUCUGUCCAUGGCGGCGGCCGAGCAGCUGCGUAGUCCGGUAAGCUGCAGCGCCGAAGCGGACGACUCCAUGGAGCCGUAUACCACCGAGCGACUCAGCAGGCUGCCCGGAGGAUACGCGGCACUCACCGAGCCGCUUACCGUGCUCCGCAUUGACUUUAACAACGUAGAGGAGUUGGAGGGUCUGAGCUCCAGGCCUGUGCAGCGGUUGCGGGUGCCGGUGGUGAGAGACGGCGAGCUGGAUGCUCUAGCCGUCUGGUUUCAACUGCAUUUGGACGAAGAGAGCAGCUUGUCCACGGGACCGCACGAGGACACUUGCUGGGAGCAGGCCAUCUACCCAGAACAUGCCAGCAAAGGAUUUGUGCUAAAAAGGGGCGACGAGCUUCUGGUGGACGUGUCGUGCCGGGACGCUUAUCUUCGACUACGCAGCGUCGCCGUCCUGCGAUCCGGUCGCGAACUCUGCCUGGACGCGUCCACGGACCCCCGCGACCCGGAAGCGGAGCUGUGCAGCGCCCUGGCGUCGCUCCAAACGCGCCCGGACGUCUGCGUGCUAGAGUGCUCGGAAAUGGCGCUCUUGAACAAUGGCGACUACCACCAUAGUUUCGCCGCCGCCUUGUCCAAACUACUGACCCAGUUGAAGGCGGAACCAGAGCAGUCCUCGGACCCGCUGUACAUUCUGGACGUGUCGGAGGGCUUCUCUCUGCUCUCCCUCAUGGCGGCCAGCCACGGCGGCGUCAAAGCUUACAGUUCGGUAGAGAAGCGCAAGCAACAGGAGGUGUUGGAGCGGUUGGCGCGUGCUAACGGCGUGCCGGACGGCAGCUUGGAGUUCUGGCUCAAUAACGGCGAGGACGAACAGGGGGCGCUGCAGAGACCCUCGCGGGAGAAGCUGUGGAGCGCCAUUUUCCUCGACUGCGUGGAGACGUGCGGGCUCGUCCGGCAGAAGCUGAUGGAGAAGGCGUCGCUAGCCAGGUGCCUUCUGGAGCACGGCGGUCGCAUCUUCCCUCAAAAAAUGGCCGUAUUGGGCACGCUGGUGGAGUCGGACACGCUGCUGCUGGAAAGCGCCGUCCAGGGCCGCGACGCCACACUCGGCUUCAACAUUGCGCCGUUCAUUAACCAGUUCACCGUUCCCGUACACGUGUUUCUUGAUUUCUCCACGCUAGCGUGUCGACACCUAAGUGAGCCAAAUGAACUUUUCGUUCUGGAUCUUAUGGACGCUAAAGCCAACUACGACCAUAGGGAGGUCCAGGUCGUAACAACGGCGCCGGGCAGAAUCACGGCCGUGCCCUUUUGGUACGACAUCCAUCUGGACGAGGAAGUUCGCGUCAGCACGCUAGCCCCCGACUCACACUGGAAACAAGCCGCGGUUGUCCUGCAGCGCCCCCUGGAGGUGACGGCCGGGGAGCGGGUCCAUCUUUCGGUCAAGAUCCGAAACAGCAGCAUCUCAAUAGAGGUACGGAAAGACCCGUGA